AUGUUGCUGGAAUUUGUAGUGACUCUGGCCAUUCUCAUGGUCUACUGGCUGUGGCAGUUGCAGCCGACUUCAGCUUACGUUCGCCGGCCAUACAAAGUGGUUCGGGGGCCAUUGCAAGAUAUGCAUGUGGACUAUGUCGUGAUUGGUGCAGGUCCUGGCGGCCUUGCCGCUGCGCAGUGUCUGUUGCAACACAAGCGAGACACAUCAGUUCUUCUUAUCGAACGCGGCGCUGACCCGUCUGUGGGGGGGCCGGGGGCAGCCAUUGUGAGCCUCACGCAGAUGCAUAAUUUCUUGUCAUAUUCGGUGGACCUCGUGGGAACGAGCCUUGACUCCGGAUGGUGCACACAUCGCCCGUUACACAACGGUGCCGGCUGCUGCAGCAGCAGUAAUAGUAGCAAUAAUGGUGAGAAAUAUGACUGUGACGACAGGAGUAACGAUAAUGCGUCUUUCUUCGCACCGUAUCCGAGAGGUUGCGGUGUUGGUGGAACAUCACUCAUGGAUUGGGCUCUGUACUUUCAGCCGAUUCCAGUGGUGGCAGAGGUGGUCGGCGCAGGGGAAACAGAUAUCCCACACAGAUUUACUGUCGGCCGGAGUCCACUCUCGUGGGCAUUUGCGGAAUCUGCGGCAACCGUCUUGAAGAAAAAACACCUUGCCACUCUCGCUGAACCCUUCUCACGCAACAGUGUGAUGCCUGGUCUUUUGCGUCUCGAUACAGAUGGGCGGCGCCUCCCGCUCUCAAACUAUGUGCUGCGCGCGAAGUCGCCAAUGCUUACUGUCGUUGAAAAAUGCGAAGUGACGGGAUUUUCUUUUGAGGACAAUGACACCAUCUCGAGCGUCCACUGCGCAGUGGCGGGCCGUCGCGAAUUCUCUGUGGCUGUUCACAAAGGUGUCGUUUUAUCCGCCGGCGUUUUGGGGUCUGCGCGUCUUCUUCGGCAGGUAUUUCCAAAGUUGCAGGACUGCUACACUAUCCGGGACGCUAUCGCCGUUCCGCUUAUUUUUCAAGCACUUCCGGGGCUCUCGGAUGACAGGAGAAACAUCCGCUCCACCAAAGCGCACGCUGCGUGGUGGACAGCACGGCGCGGCCCUUUCCUCAACCCCGUGUGCGACACGCUGGCGGCCGUGGAUGUGCCUUCACUUGGCCCACAAGCUGAAAUGGUGAUCUUUUUGCUGCCGUUUGGUGGGCGUGACAGGACGCUGUUCCGCCGUUUAGGCCUCGACCGCACCCUUGGUUCGUUUGCCGAGGGCUUCACGAUGCUGAUGGCCUUGAAGGGUGUCGACAAGACAUUUUUUGUGUUGGGAACGGACCUUGAGGAAGAUAGGGAGAGCAAGCAGUGCGCGAAGGAAAAGAAAAAAUACCGUGAUUCUGUUGUUUCCUCGCCCAUGUCCGAGAUUUCUCCUGCGGUUGUGCAAAAUGUUGUGGCUGCGUUCAUGGAAGGUAUUCAGCUGUGUCGUCGCAUCGUGGCAGAGCGGCCGCUUGGGCACUUUUCCACUGGUGAGGAGGCAGUCGACGCGACACUGCUCACCGAUCCUGCCCGGGCCGUUCAGUACGUACAGCUGAUGCACACGAGACCGAAAAAGCUCUCUGAGCAGCAGCGUGCCAGUGCGUCGGUGACACUUGAGUGUGCGAGGGAGUCUUCGAGGUCUUCUGCGUACAUGGAGGCGUACAUCCACCGACACGCUGUGUGGUUGGGGUUUGGCAGCGGCUCGUGUGGGUCGUUGCUUGCCAGUGAUGAGAGUCUUCGCGUGGCAGGGACGCAAAAUCUAUUCAUUGGUGACUGUGCUGGGGUGACAGAAAAGAUGUGGAAAGCUUGCGGGUGCGACACGUUGCGGGCUGGUUCUGUUUCUACUGCCAUGGCGAUGGGAACUGCGGCGGCGACGGAGCUUCUAUCGAUUUAG